AUGGGCUUUUUUUCGGACGUGUUUAACACUACCACCACGUACGGCAAUGAUCAACCAUCGACAACUCUUACAAGCUUGCCAACUACUUUCAAAAUGUAUCAUCCAAAAAUUCAUUACUAUUUUCGGAGAGUUGAUGAUGAAGUGGUUUUGUGUAAUUUAGUGUCACAACAAACCAACAAUCAAGUCAAUCAACUAUUUACACCACUCAACAAUCACACUGUUGGAAUGAUCGAUGAAAAUUUACAAAUUUCAGAUCAUUGCAAUGAUGAUGUCGACACUCUUUUUGAACUGACUCGUAGAAAUUUGACAUUUCUUCAUGAAUUUAUUCCUACCAUUACAUUGGCUGGGAAUGACAAGCGAAGUAUUAGCAAUUUCAUCGAUACAUGUAAUCAACGAUAUAAUCAGUUUAUUCCUCAACACAUCAUGUUGACAGCUGCCAUUUGGUAUCGGAAUGAAAUGGCAGGAUUAGUGGCCAUUCAAAAUUUUAAUCCGAGCAAUUGUAAUUGUGAAGUUGGGUAUUGGAUUGGCCAAGAAUUUCAAUCGAAGGGAAUUGCCAUUCGAGCAGUGAGACAAUUUUGUCGAGAUUUAUUUCAAACAAGUGCUCCUAUAUCGACAACAAGUACCACUUCGAUGGCGUGCAAUGAAACACACGGCCCUGUCAUCAAUAGUUAUGUACACAAAAUAAUUUUUAAGGUUGAUGCUGAGAAUACGAGAAGUUGUAAAUUGUGUGAAAAAUUACAGUGCACGAAGGAAGGUUAUUUGCGAGAACAUGAAUUUUAUCAUAACAAGUUUCAUGAUGUCGUUUAUUAUGCAUUGUUGAGGAGUGACAUUAAUUAA